AUGGGACCUCGCAGUAGUAAAUUUAAAAAAGAUCAAUAUUCUUCUAUUAAUCCUAAUCAUUCAAGUAUUUCUGAUAAAUAUCAUUUUGAAGAUGGUAGAAGAUUUCAUAAUAUAAAUGAUUCAAAAUACUUUCUACCUAAUGAUGAAGAAGAAUGUGACAGGCUGCAUAUGAUGCAUUUUAUAUAUAGCUGUGUUUGGCAAAGCAACUUUUCCGCUCCUGUUGAACAUCUCCUUAUUCAAGAAGGAACAAAGAUUCUCGAUGUAGG